AUGGGUGUAUCGAUGGAAACGCCAGCUGCAGCGGGGGAGUUGGAUGUGCGAAAUCAACCGAAGAAUGACGAGCUCGAUCAGAUGAAUUCGGAGGUCGAUGAGAAGCAGGAUUUCACUCCGGCAUACCAGCAAGAUGCCUUUGGCAAUGAGGAGUUCGCGGAGGUAAAAUAUAAGGUGUUGAGAUGGUGGCAAUGUGGUCUGCUCAUGGUAGCUGAGACUGUAUCACUCGGUGUUCUUUCUCUUCCCGCAGCUAUCGCAGCCAUGGGUUUCGUUCCAUCUGUCAUUGUCCUCAUCGGCCUCGGUAUUAUCACAACCUACACCGGAUUCAUCAUGGGUCAGAUGAAAUUGCGAUAUCCUCAAAUCACAACAAUGGCCGAUGCGGGUGAAGUUAUCGCAGGAAAGUUUGGACGCGAAUUUAUCGGAGCUGCUUGGAGUAUCUUUUUCGUCUUCAUUAUGGCUAGUCACUUGUUGACCUUCACUGUCGCCAUGAACACCAUCACAAACCACGGAACCUGCACCGUUGUGUUCGGAAUUGUGGGAAUGAUCCUUUCGUUCAUUUGUACCCUCCCCCGAACAUUGGAGAAGAUGUCAUGGCUCUCUAUCGUGUCCUUUGUCUCUAUCCUGUCAGCUGUUCUGAUCACCAUGAUCGCUCUGGGCAUUGAUAAGCCCGGAGCUGGCCUAAUCGCUGUCGCCAACACCAACUUGUACCAUGGCUUCACAGCUGUCACCAACAUUGUAUUCGCAUUCUGCAGCCACGGCGCAUUCUUCGGUUUGAUGGCUGAGCUCCGCAACCCUCGUGACUUCACAAAGUCCCUUUGCCUGCUUCAGGGCAUCGACAUCUCGCUGUACUUGAUUACAGCUGUCGUGAUUUACCGCUACGCUGGAGAUGGUGUUACUUCACCUGCUCUGGGAUCUGCCUCGCCUCUUAUCUCUAAGAUUGCUUAUGGUAUUGCGCUUCCAACGAUUGUUAUUGCUGGUGUUAUCAACGGUCACGUUGCAGUCAAAUACAUCUACGUCCGAAUCUUCCGUGGUACAGACCGCAUGCACAAGCGCGAUGCUAUUGCCAUCGGUUCUUGGAUCGGAAUUGCCUUGACCAUGUGGAUCCUUGCUUGGAUUAUCGCCUCUGCGAUUCCAGUUUUCAGCAACUUGCUGAGUUUGAUUACUGCUCUUUUCGCUAGCUGGUUCUCUUUUGGAUUCCCUUCCAUUCUCUGGAUGCACAUGAACAAGGGCGUGUACUUCUCAUCACCUCGCAAGAUCACCUUGACAGUGAUCAACCUGAUCAUUAUUGGAAUUGCAUUCGCGCUCUGUGGAAUGGGUCUUUGGGUCUCUGGCAAAGCCAUCCAUGAUGAUCCCAGCAGCGCAAGCUUCUCAUGCGCGAAUAAUGCUUAA